AUACAGUGCAGCUUUCUCAUUUACAGGAACUUGCACCUUGUGAUGCUGCUCUGGGAACACAUGUAAAGCAGUUGAUUCCUGCCAUAAUCUCUGCAAAAAGUUCAGAAUUAAAUGCUGCUUUACCCUCGAUGAAGAAGAAAAAAUUUGAAAAUUUAAAGUUAUUAAACAAGAAGAUUGUGAAUAAAGUAGAAAAGAAAAGGAAGCUUUCCAGUUUGCUGAAUGACUCUCAGAUGUCAAAUGAAGAAGGUAAUCUUUCUGAAGUGAAAGAAGAAGAUGAAAGAAGGGCCGAAGAAGUCAGCAGUGAUGAGGGACAGGCAGCGAAGGAGUCUGCUAAAGUAGAAGUAAACCAGGCACUUGAUCCUGAUGAAAAACGUGCUAUUGGCUACCAGAUAUCAAAAAAUAAAGGUUUAAUUCCAUCACGCAAAAAGGAACAGAGAAAUCCCCGAGUCAAGUACAGGAAUAAGUAUAAAACCAAACUCAAGAAGAGGAAGGGACAGGUGCGUGAGGUCCGGAAAGAGUUGAAGCGUUAUGACGGGGAGGUCUCUGGUAUCAAGUCUCAUACAAUCAAGAGUGUAAAAUUCAAGUAAAUGUGUGCAUGAUGUCUGCUUAAAGUUGUACAUUUUAAAUAAUGUUAGCAAUUAAUUAAUUGAGCUGCAAUUUUUAGUUCCAAUACUAUUUAUAUUGGGUAUGGUUGAUUGUUAACUAGACUAGAAUCAACUGGAAUUUAUUUACUGUUUGAAAGCAAAAUAAAUACUUCCUGUUUAGUAUAUGGCA